AGAACGGAUGCCGGUACGGGGGCCCAGGGGGUCAAUCCGUGCCGCUCCGCCGCUUCUGCCGACAAUGGGAGACGUUCUCUGCGAAGAGCUUGAGGAUUUGGUUCAUUUUUCGGUGCACGACCUGCCAGCACGAGGUUAUGGGGUCAUGGAGGAGAUACGACGUCAGGGUAAACUCUGUGACGUCACACUUAAGGUUGGUGAUCAUAAGUUCAGCGCUCACCGGAUUGUCCUGGCUGCCUCUAUCCCCUACUUUCAUGCCAUGUUUACUAAUGACAUGGUUGAGUGUAAGCAGGACGAGAUCCUGAUGCAGGGCAUGGACCCCAGUGCUUUGGAGGCUCUGAUCAACUUUGCCUACAGUGGCCAUGUUGCGAUAGACCAGCAGAAUGUCCAGUCCCUCCUGAUUGGGUCAAGUUUCCUGCAGCUGCAGAACGUUAAAGACGCCUGCUGCUCCUUCCUGCAGGAGAGGCUACAUCCAAAGAACUGUCUUGGAGUUCGCCAGUUUGCAGAGACCAUGAUGUGCACGACUCUGUACGACUCAGCCAACAGCUUCCUGCACCAGCACUUUGUGGAUGUUUCGUUAUCAGAAGAGUUUCUGAGUCUGAGGACAGAGGAGCUGUUGGAGCUGGUUGGCUGUGAUGAGCUCAAUGUUAAAGCUGAGGAACAGGUGUUCGAGGCAGUGCUCUCCUGGGUUCACCAUGAUCAAGACAGAAGGGAGUCCCUACUUCCAGAGCUGCUGUCAAAGAUCAGACUGCCUCUGUGUCGUCCUCAGUUCCUGUCAGACCGGGUCCAACAGGACGAACUCAUUCGCUGCUGCCAUAAAUGCAGAGACCUGGUGGAUGAAGCCAAAGAUUUCCACCUCAUGCCAGAGCGUCGUCCUCACCUCCCCGCCUUUAAAACUAGACAAAGGUGCUGCACAUCUAUCACAGGACUAAUCUACGCUGUGGGCGGACUCAAUAGCUCAGGUGACUCUUUAAAUCUGGUUGAAGUGUUUGAUCCAGUAGGAAACUUCUGGGAGCGCUGUCAGCCAAUGAGAACAGCUCGCAGCAGAGUGGGUGUGGCUGUGGUUAAUGGGCUACUCUACGCCAUUGGUGGAUAUGAUGGUCAAUCGCGUCUCAGCACCGUGGAGAUUUACAACCCUGAGACGGACACCUGGACACAAGUGUCAAGCAUGAACAGCCAGCGAAGCGCCAUGGGGACGGUGGUGAUUGAUGGACACAUCUAUGUUUGUGGUGGCUACGAUGGAAAGUCAUCUUUGAACUCAGUGGAGUGUUACUCUCCAGAGACUGACAGGUGGUCGGUGGUGACGGAGAUGAGUGCGAGUCGCAGCGCUGCAGGUGUGACAGUCUUUGACGGACGGGUCUUUGUGUCAGGUGGACACGACGGUUUACAAAUCUUCAACACGGUGGAAUACUACAAUCACUACACUGAGCGCUGGCAUCCAACGGCCCCCAUGCUCAACAAGCGCUGUCGCCAUGGAGCAGCAUCGCUGGGCAGCCACAUGUAUGUGGUGGGAGGGUACGAUGGCUCGGGCUUCCUCAGCGGGGCGGAGGUUUUCAACUCGGCUUCGGGGCAGUGGAGCCUCCUGGUUGCCAUGAACACUCGGCGCAGCCGAGUGUCUCUGGUGGCCACGUCGGGCCGGCUGUAUGCCGUGGGGGGGUACGAUGGACAAUCCAACCUCUGCUCUGUGGAGGUGUACAACCCUGACACCAACCGCUGGACCUUCAUGGCUCCCAUGGUGAGCCACGAGGGGGGGGUGGGUGUCGGCUGCGUCCCCCUGCAGCCUGCCUGAACCAGAUAUCUGAGGCCAACGGAGUUCUUGCUGACUGCAUGCAGAUGACGGGGGUAGCUGUAGCUCUGAUGGUACUGUGGCCCAGCUCAGAUCUGCACCUGACGCCAGGCCUUGGGAUUCUGGGUAAUGGCUAGCUGCUGUUUAUUCAUUAGCAUUGAUUGAACAGUAGGAAGUUAUUUCCUCUUCAGACACAGACAGAACUGCUUACUGGACCCAUUGAUUGUUGGACGGGACCACAUUCAAUGCGCAGACACAAACACAGCUGGAUUCUGCUCUACACAGCACAGAACAAACUGAUCUGCUGAUUUUUACUUCCUCCAAACAUGCACUUAGGUACCAGAGCAAACGGAGGCUGCAGAUGUCCAAUCAUGUCCGUGUUCCAGUAAGACUCCUGGCAGUAUAAACAUCGUGAUCCACUGCUGACAGGAACUGAUCACUUGAUUAUUGACACAUUAAAGUAUGUCUCUAUCAGACAGAUUCACAUCUGGAGAGAUGAACCUCAGGAAGUCACGUUUUACACACAUUUUUAAGAAAUGGACCUGAAAGAGAUUAAUAAUCAAAUGUACAUUUUCAACACUUUAUAACUCAUAAGAGUUAUAAAACCCAGCGCCUAAGUCCUGUUCAUUAUGCAUAAUGUUGAAAAUCAUUGGUUAGUUAAGCUUUCAGGUGCUUUCAGUAUGUUUCAUGGUCUCCAUCCGCACAUGGACUUGGCUGUUGUCAAGGAGAUAUAUCAGUCACCAUGAUGACACUCAUGGGAUGUAGUUUAAAGUAUUUAAAAUUAUGAAAUAAUUAUUCUUAUAAUUUAUUUGAACAAUUGGUUAUAAAAUACUGAAGUAAAUAAAGCUGAAUUAAAACGAA